UUUUAAGCAGGACAGGGCCGCUUUUUUUAAAUUUUUUCUAAAUUUUGCUAUGGAUUUAUGAGUUUUGUGGAUUUAUGAUUUAUAGUUAUAAAUUUUGGGAAUCAUGAAAUCUUGAUGCACUCAUAUACAAUGCGGAUUUUUCGUAAGCUUGGUGUGAAAAGCUAGUGAAGCUGGCAGUGGCCAGUGAUGAUGCAACGCCAGCUGAGAUCCCGGACCGUUUUUUGUGUUGAUCCUUGCAGAUUCGUUGCGCUCUUCAGCGUCAUUUUUUGUUAGUCUUUAUCUAAGAUGUUAACCGAAUUUCUUCGGGCUUCUCCGAAAUGCCACUCCAUCGGAGGUUUCGGUCGACGGUACCAUGUAUUGGCCCAUCGUCCUCUGCGCAUCGGCUCUUCCCAAUCCGUCCUUAUUUCUCCAAGUCCAUACUUUUCUCCAGUCGUAAGACCCCUGGGAAUUAGAUAUUUCGGGGUGGCUACCAUUGCACGGCAGGUUCUGAAACUCCGUUACUGGAUUAUUGGGGGCGCGGUCGGCGGCGGAGUCGCCCUGAAGGAUAAAUAUGAAAAAUUCAGAGAACAAUUGCCGGAGCUUCCUGAUUUUUCCCAGUAUUUUCCCGACGCGACAGCUGAAAAGCUCAAUACCAUGUGGGAUAGGAUCCGGCGGAAUGCGGAAGUCGGGGGAGGAGCUGUGGCGACGUUCGCGCACGACGGACUGGAUCGAGCGAAUACAUGGUUGUUAGAUUUGGAGAAACGAUUAGGCUCACAAAUUCGGGACGGAAUUGGCGAGCAUCCGUCAGAUGAAGAAGGAAAUCCGGAAGGAUAUUCGCUUCCAUUUUUCAAUGCUAUGGGAGCAGGAAGCAUAAGUUUUCCGAUUCCGUCGUUAUAUGCCGACCAACCAACGACCAUCACCGUUCCCGUUCCACCCAUUGCCUCGAGUAAACCGGCGCCGACCAAAGAAGUGCGCGAAGAGCGCCGGAAAAAGGCUGACAAGGAGCGCCUGGUGGUGGAUCUGGAAAACGAACUGCGGCGACUCCAUGCAGCCGGCCAGAUGGCUAUUGACAGACUAGAACAGGAGAACCGUGAACUCCGCGACACUUUAAACGAAAUCCGUGACGCCAAUCGUGAUCGCACUGCUGUGCGGCCGCCAUCAACACAGAGCCCCAUUGAAAUGUAUUCGGAAAUUCUGGAUCUGCUCUCGUCAUACGAUAGUGCCUUUAAUAGUCAGGACCAUUUGCCGCGGAUUGUCGUGGUGGGUGAUCAGAGCGCGGGGAAAACGAGUGUACUAGAGAUGAUUGCUCAAGCGCGGAUUUUCCCCCGCGGCGCCGGUGAGAUGAUGACACGGGCACCGGUACAGGUGACGCUCAGUGAUGGACCAGAUCGGAUUGCCCGCUUGCGGGAUUCCAGUCGAGAUUAUGAUUUGGAUAGCGAACGGGAUUUAGUGGAUUUAAGAAGGGAGAUUGAGAUGCGGAUGCGGGCCAGUGUGCGGGAUGGGCGCACCGUCAGUAAAGAUGUGAUAUCUCUAUCGGUGAAAGGACCGGGCCUCAGUCGUAUGGUAUUGGUUGAUCUCCCAGGAAUAAUAGCGACUGUUACGGCAGACAUGGCUACUGAUACCAAAGAUACUAUUUUCUCCCUCAGCCGCACCUACAUGCAGAAUCCGAACGCUAUCAUUCUCUGCAUUCAAGACGGUUCCAUUGAUGCCGAACGGAGUAAUGUCACCGAUCUGGUAAACUCCAUCGAUCCGGAGGGCGCGCGUACUAUUUUUGUCUUGACCAAGAUAGAUCUGGCGGAAAAAAGUGUCAUGAAUCCUGAGAGAAUAAGAAAGAUCCUUGAAGGUCGCUUAUUCCCAAUGAAAGCCCUGGGAUACUUUGCUGUGGUUACCGGUAGGGGAAAUAAAGACGACAGCAUUGAAGAAAUUCAAAAGUACGAACAAGAAUACUUUCGGCGGUCGGCGCUGCUAAAACAAGGAGUAUUCAAGGCCCAUCAGACCACAACCAAAAACCUGAGUCACGCCGUGUCGGAACGAUUUUGGCGUAUGGUUAAAGAGACAGUAGAAGCGCAAUCUUUGAAUUUGAAAGCCCAACGAUUUAAUUUGGAAGCCGAGUGGAAGAAUCAUUUCCCCAAGCAUCGCCCGAUGGAUCGCAAGGAAUUGUACGAGCGCUCGCGAGUAAAAAUCAUGGAUGACAUUAUGACCGCAUGUCUAACAGCAAACAUUGGUUGGAUUAAGAUCAUAGAAGAGGAUUUAUGGAAGCGGUUUUCUCCGUAUUUAUUCGAGAAUAUUUACUUUCCAGCUGCGGCAGCGGAAACCCGUCCCAUGUUUAACACCAUCAUUGACAUCAAACUGCGCGAAUGGCGGGAGAAGAAUCUGGAGCAGUUAUGCUUGGCAGUGGGAUCAAAUGCUAUGAAAAAUGAAAUUCGAAAGCUGGUAGAAGCGGGAAUGAAGGAGAUUGCCGACCGCGAUUCCAUCUAUGAUGAAAUCAAGAGAGGCGCCGUCGAAGUGGCCUUAGAUAGACACAAAUGGGAACGGCAAGCCAUCGACAGAUUGCGGAGUCUGGUUAUCAACGCGCUUGACGAUCAUUCCAUUGCGACCAAUCUCAUCUGGGAUCAUGCUGUGGAAUUCUGGCAGAAUGCUGUAUCGGAAAAGCUGGAUGAUUUACAGAAAGAGUUCCGGGAACAGUUGGGACCGGGAUUUCGAGAGCGAUGGUUGAGAUGGAAGUCACUGAGUCAGCAUCAAAAUGCUGCAAGAGAAACGCUUCUGGAAUUAGAAAAAGUUCAGAAAGCGCGAAGUGCUCCUAUAAUGGCGGAUCUGAGUGCGGAUGAAGUGAAUGCCGUGAGAAAGAAUUUGGAAUUGAAAAAAGUCGUCGUGGAUAACGAGACCAUUAAGAUAUUGUGGAGUUUACUUAAACGACGUUUUUUGAAGGAUGCCUCAAAGCGCGCGGAUUCCUGCCGUAAUGCGUUUUAUCAGUACAAAAAGGGAUCUCUGGAUGAUGAAGUCAAUUGUGAUGAUGCGCUGCUGUUCUCCAGAGUACGACGGAUGAUCAGUCAGACGAGUCGGUCUUUGGCGCAGCAAAUUGAUGAAUCGGAAGUCAGACGGUUUGAGCGCGAACUGAAGCGCACGGUUAAUGAAUUUGGUCAGACGUCAAGUAGUCUCCAGAAGUAUUUCAGUGGGAAACGCGUGGAUUUGGCGGAGAAGCUCAAGCAAAUACGGCAGAUUCAAGAGAAAUUAGAUGGUUUUAUAACUGUUCUGUCUGAUGAAGAGAGAACCAAACGCACUAGGUUUGCGUUCAGCUUGUGAUGUGUUUUCGAUUUUAUUAAAGUUACUUGAUUGUUGUACUUUCUGGUUUUUAUCGAAGUUUUGGCAUUCUGAACUGGAAUACAGUUUGAAGCCGUAAAGGGCGUUAAUCAAUAACGGCGAAUAAUCAUUUAGAAGAAAUGCCUC